AUGCAGUUUAACAUCAUUGUCGCACUCCUGGCCCUUGGAGCCCCCUUGGCUUAUGCUUCACCCAUAAUUGGUCCGGACAACGAGGCAAUUCCAUUCUACCAAAAGCGUGCCGACAACAGUGAAGCCAUCCCGUUUUACGAGAAGCGGGAAGAAAAUAGUGAGGCUAUACCUUUCUACCAGCGUCGUGCCGACAACAGUGAAGCCAUCCCGUUUUACGAAAAGCGGGAGGAAAAUAGUGAGGCUAUACCUUUCUACCAGCGUCGUGCGGACAACAGUGAGGCUAUUCCUUUCUACCAGCGUCGUGCGGACAACAGUGAAGCCAUCCCGUUUUACGAAAAGCGUGCGGGGGAUAGCGAAGCUAUACCAUUCUAUGAGAAGCGGGAAGAAAAUAGUGAAGCUAUUCCUUUUUAUCAGCGUCGUGCGGACAACAGUGAGGCGAUUCCUUUCUAUGAAAAGCGGGACGAGGAGAGUGAGGCCAUCCCCUUCUAUGAAGAAAUGACCAAGUACAAGCCCCUUGUGGAAGAGGAUAGCUCGGAUGGCUUUGACCAUCUCGAAGGUCACCACGCAGCCUCCAAAAUAGAAAAUCAUGAUCGGAAGCUUGUGUUUCGUGUCCGAUAUGCCUUCCUUUUACUAUUAGCGACAUUCGGCUUCGUUGAUUUGACAUACCGAGCAUACACCUUGAUCCAAUCACGCAAGCCCAUAUCCUGUAACUGUGGAGAGACGGUUGAAGAAGCCAUCGCCAAGAGCUGUAGAUAUGACUCGAUUGCAGCUGCUUGGCUCCCUCCCGCCUGUCGAAAUGACGAACUUCUAGAGCAAUUCGAGACAUCCGGCCCAAACCCCGACGGGAGCUGGGCGUACUAUGCGGACAAAAACAAGACGCGGAUUCUAUCGCUUGAAGAAGUGUCCAUGCUCCCCAAGACUGGAUCGCACUUCUUUACCACACAUCAGUGGCACCUGGUCCAUUGUGCAUACUACUGGAAGAAGAUGUUCUUAGCUGCGGAGGCGGGUACCGUGAUUGAAGCUCGGUAUAAUAAUCUUGCUCAUAUCAACCACUGCGAGAUGAUGUUUCUGAAGCGCGAUGCAUUGGAUACGAUUGUGACCGAGGCUGGAGUGUCACUGCAUUCGGAUCGAAUGGUUGUGGCGAAGAAACAUGGUCACGAAGGACAUGAGCAAGAUGGGAAGUCCGGUAAAAGCGCAGGGAAUGGCUAUUAG